AGGAUUCUGAGGAGGUAUGGGUGAGCCUUAUACCUCUGAGUUUACAUGGAGCAGAUGGGGCUCCUAUACGGGCGUUCGGGUGGACGGAGAAAAACAUAAAACUCACACGGAACUUUGGCCAGCAGGCCGUACCGCUGUCCGGAGAUUCAUGUUUCCUAACGUACACACUUGGCAUCAUAUGUAAAGUGGACUCUUGGUCGUAAAUUAGUCAUAUCGAAAUGAUAGGAUUCUAUACAUAACUGAGACAGCUGGCUCCCACAGUUCGUGUGGUGCAACCGCGAUGAUGAUUGACCUCACCCACACGCUGACAACAUCGACAGAAGCCCCGAUGUCGAUAUGGCCGGGGCACCCAACACUGGAGAUGACAAAAGUUUCUACUAUCCCGGAACAGCAUGCCAACGUGACGCUUAUUUCACUUGGAUCUCAUACGGGGACUCACAUUGAUGCGCCCAAUCAUUUCAUUGCGGACGGAUUGACAGUGGACAAGUACGACUUGACUAAACUCGUGGGUCGUGCGCUGGUCAUCGAUGUGAGGGGGAAGAAAGCACGUGAGAUUAUCACCUGGGAGGACAUGCAAAAUUGGGAGGGAAAGAUGCACGAAGGGGUGAUUGUGCUCAUAUGCACUGGGUGGUCGCAAUACUGGGGCAAGGAGAAUUACGACGAACACCCGUUCAUGGAUUUGGAUGCGGCGAAGAAGCUUAUUGAGAAGGGAGUGAGAGUAAUUGGAUGCGAUACGCUGAGCCCUGACAACGUAUGCUCACCUGAGUGCAAAGUGCAUAGAGCGAUACUAGGCGCGGGAGGGAUGAUUGCAGAGAAUUUACGGGGGAUAGAACGAGUGCUGGAAUUGAAGGAUCCGAUUGUGAGCCUGCUGCCACUCAAGUUAGACAAUUGCGAUGGCUCGCCAAUACGAGCGAUAGCUUGGUCUGCAGGAGAUAUUCCGGGGUGGGAAAAUAGUCCAUAGAUUUGGUGGGGUUUCGGAAGCAAUAUGACCAUUGAUGAUUUUGCAUGUUGGAUAAAAAAGCCGAUAAUCAUUCCUCUUACCGCAAGCUGUUAGU